AUGGAGGACGUUUCACGCUCAGUGCUCUCGCAAUACUUGCCAGAAUGCAUCUGUAACAACAUGGACGCUUUUAUCAGAACCGUGAUGACUCUGCCAGCACACCCUCAUUUGAGUCAGCAUGUAGUUCCAUUCCUGGAAUCGAACAAAUGGAUCACUUCUCCUUCGAUCUUAUCGCAUUUGCACACGGUUUUGUACAUUGCUUUCGGAUACCACCUACUUUUCCUGGUGUCCAUGUGGUUCAUCUUCCCUCCAAUUGCCGGAUACAGGCUCUCCUGGAACACCAAGGACGCUAACCGUAACAAAAGAGAGCUUGUCAUCCAAAGUUCCUUGCGUCUGGUCAGCUGGAUCCAGUCGUUGAUCGUUCUAUACCUCAGUUUCGAGGCCAUCUUGUACAACAACAGUGUCCACCCACAAUCGAACUCGUACGACCGGAUUUUCCGCAGCGACCCAUACAACGUCCAGGUGUGUGUCUUUGCCAUCGGGUAUUUCCUAUGGGACAUCUACAUCUCCCUAGUGUACUCCACCAUGCCAUUCGUCCUGCACGGCGUCGUUUCCACCGUCGUCUACACCAUCGGUCUCAAGCCAUACAUCAACUACUACGCAGGAAUCUUCCUCAUGUUCGAACUCUCAAACCCAUUCCUCAACUUCAGAUGGCUGGGUAUCAAGUACAUGCCACAGCUCACCAAUGACCCCGCCUCCCGCACCCUUGCAGCCAAAAUCUGCAACGUCGUACAGCUCGUCAACAACAUCAUCCUCAUCGUUGUUUUCUUCGCUGCAAGAAUCUGCUGGGGCUUCUACCAGUUUUUCAGACUAUGCAAAGACUUCUACGCUGUCAGAAACGACCCACACUUCCUCCCACUCGAUACCUCCAUCAUCGUGGUCGGAAACCUCUCGCUCGACGUUUUGAACCUCAUCUGGAUGUCGUCAAUGCUCGCUGUCGCUGCAAGAAUCAUCAAGAAAGGUGGGAAAGUUCAAGACAAAUGA